AUGGAUGCUCUAAGGAACGUACCGGACCAAAAUAGUGAAGGAGAUCAUCGGCCGAGUGGACUGCCAAUUCAGGUUGAUAAAGGCUACCCAAAGGACGCUUCUGAUCCCAAACCACGACAGCUGGAAACCAACCAGAAAGAAACCCUGACGAUCGAGCACUUUCAACCCAUCUUGGCGACACUAGCAAAUCUCGAUCGCGACGAUCCGAAACUAGCAUUUCAAGCGGCUCGGUCCAAGAGUCAAUUCUCGAAGGAGGCUAGCAAUAACCCGAGCAAAGAGAGGAAUGGACCUCAGCUUCCUCAUGAUGAGCAGCGAUUACGACUGCUUUCCUUUGAGCAGGCUUUGGAAUCAUCGUGGGAACGAAUGACUGUC